AUGGAUGAUGUUCCAGAACCACGUAAUGCAGGCGAAGAGCCACCACCAGGGAGGAGGAGUAAAGAAUUUGGUGUCUAUCAUAGAUUCCACGGUUACACAACAAGUAAUUGCAGAAAUGUGAGGAAAAUUAUAUUGCAAAUGAUCGAGCAAGGGAAGUUGGACCAUUUCUUAUUGAAUCAGCCAAGAAAUCCACCACCACCACCACCUCAAGGAAAUAAAUAUGUAAAGGAGGACAGGAGCACAUUUGUUAUUGACGUGGGAGCGAAGGCGAAUAAUCUAUAUUGUAACUCGAUCAUACAUUCGUUCAAAAACAUAGAAGAUUUUCAUGAUAAUAUCUUAAGUCGAGUAUAUGCAAGAGAUGCUGAAGGAAGGGAAAUUUUCAACCUGGAAAAAAUACCAUCUUUGAAGAACUGGCAAAAGAAAAAAAUCUCGUUUAGCACAGAUGAAAUACCAGAAGCAAAAACAUCACAUGAGUGCCCAUUGGUGGUGAGAUUGGGAAUUAAUCCAAAAACGUUAGACGAAGAUGAGGAAGAAAAUGAGAAAAACACCUGGGGGGUAAAUAGAAUUCUUAUAGACACUGGAAGUUCUGUGGAUGUUCUAUUUUAUCACACAUAUAAAACAAUGGGUGGAAGAGAUGAUGAGUUGAUCCCUUCAACGUACAAAAUCUAUGGUUUUAAUGGCUCUGCGAACAAACCAAAUGGGGAGGUGACUAUGCAAAUUCUUCUACAAAGCUUACCAACAGAUAUCACAUUCUGUGUAGUGGAUGUUGAAUCACCAUACAAUGCUCUCAUUGGAAGGCUGCAUAGUAUACUAGCUGUCGCAUCAACAUUUCAUCAGUGCAUCAAGUUUCCUUUACCUCAGGGUGUUGGAAUUAUAAGAGGGGACACAGUUGAAAGUAAAAAUUGUCAAGAAAUUGAUAUUGAUAGAUGCGAAGCAAGAGAAUCCAAGCGAAGAAAUUGGCAAAAGAAUGCAGCAGAUAGCAAAAGAGCAGAGAGAUUAAUGGUUGAUGUCUGA